AUGAACAACCAGGAGCGUGAGCAGCAAAGCUCUUCUUCCGACAACCCGAUGCCUCCUCCGGCGCUUCCACACGUGAGAGGUCGUGACUUAUUAGUAGUUCAUAAAAUUAGAAUUUAUAGCAGUCGAGACAGCCGCCACAGCACGAAUACAGUUCACUCGAGCCGUCGGUUCAAAACAUCAGAAAUUCUCUUCACAGGCCGCUGACGGCCAACCAGCAGCAGUUCGUCCAGAAAACGUUGGAAAAUGUAGGUGCGUCUCGGCAACGUUUAGAUAGGAAAGGCAUAAGGUUACAGAACAACUCUGGACAGGAUGAUACACACGAGUUCAUCAAGCAGCUGGGAGACUACCCUCCUACCAUUCCCGAUUCUGUCACCAUGCACUUCCUGAAGUCGGCUGGAGUUGAAGGAUCUGAUCCUCGUGUCACCAGGUUUGUUUCACUCUAAAGGAGUUCUGUCAGAGACUCUACGUUUUCUUCAGAAUGAUCGCACUGGCCGCUCAGAAGCAUGUUUCGGACAUCGUCUUGGACGCCAUGCAAAACGUGAGUCACAUUCUCCACAUCUACAUCAAAUCAAUACUAAUGUUGUAUUUGCAGGCCAGAAUGAAGGGUCUCGGAAUGACCAAGAAGGGGACGAAGGAAACGAAAUUCACGCUGACGGAGGAACUUCUCGACGAGGUGCUUAAGGAGUACGGCCACAGCAACUCUCGUCCUCCAUACCACGCCUAA